CAGCUUGAAACCCAUCCGAUAAACAUAUACUCAUAAAUUAAUUAUACUACAAUUAGUAUAUUUUUAAGCCCUAAAAUGAACAUGGGUAGAAGUGUUGCCGUGCGCUCUAUUUUCCUUGGUUGUCUCCGUGAAAAUGCUACCAAUAUGCGCCAGGAGCACGAGGAUCUGGGUCGCCGCAUCGCCAUUUCUCUGGCGAACUCCCGAAAAACUCUGGCCAACAUCGAGAGCAUGAAUAUUGAGCUGCAGAAAAUGAAGGAAACCAUCCACAAUGCCAUCAACAAUAUUCGCAGAGAUGCCAAUUAUGAAAAUAAGUCUUGUCGAUUGCUAGUGAACAUUUUGUUUAUAGUAGUUGAGGAGUUCGGUUUGGAUGCCAAUUUAAAUCCCGAAAAUGUUUCUCGAAUGUUUCUUGAAGUGGAUCCUACAACUGAUAAGCCAGGCCUACCGGCCCUCGAAAACACUAAGCAGGACUCAAAGGGUGAUGAUCUUGCAAAGUCUGACUACAAUGAAAUAAGUUAUAUUGAGCCUUUAGCUGGACCUAAACCAUCAGAUGAUCCCGAGAAUUCUUUAGUUUAGUACGUUGCCGAUUCCAUCUCCCAUAUUCAUUUGGAGUAAACCGGUAAUCAGGACUUUAUAUUUUUUAUCGAUUCCAUUAA